AAACAUUUCAUUCACAAACAUUUGAUAGUGUAACGCGCGAAGGCGACGUCUUAGUAUGUUAGUUAGGUAAAAGUAACAAAAUCGAAAACACUGAAAUAUUUAGAGAAGAAACUAAGUCAAUAGUGAAAAGAAAAACAUCUUAAACAAUUGUAUCUUCUUUCCGGUUUUCAAAGGAUUAAUCUUUUCGGGAGCUUUUCAUUUAUUACAUUGAAGAAAAGCUGAAAAGCAGCUUCUGCUUUUGGGAGUUGACCGAAAACAAACACAACAAGCGUGUGUUACGGUCAGACGGCACAGUUGAUUCAAAAUGGUUGACAGACUUGAUAUCCCAAAUAUAUACCGAAGUGUUAACAGUGACUCCAAUCACAAGCGAAUUGCAUACGUAGAGCAAUGUUUUGGUGCAUCAGGGGAAAAACUCACACGCCCUGGUCGGGUUCUCGUAGGAGAAGGUGUUUUAACGAAAAUGUGUCGUAAAAAACCAAAACCACGGCAGUUUUUCCUCUUUAACGAUAUACUUGUAUAUGGUAACAUAAUAAUCAGCAAGAAGAGGUACAAUAAACAGCACAUAAUUCCAUUGGACGAUGUCAAAUUAGAAGAUAUUGAAGAUGACAAAAAUUUAAGAAAUGGCUGGAAAAUACUAAGUCCGAUGAAGUCAUUUGUUGUCUAUGCUGCCACUUCAAGUGAAAAAUCAGAGUGGAUGGCCCAUAUCCGCAAAUGUGUUUCAUAUUUAAUCAAGAAAAGAGGAAUUGAGCAAAAACCAGAUCUGAACUGUCCAGUUUGGGUGCCAGAUUCAGAUGCAUCUGAAUGUAUGCUUUGUAAAAAAUCAGUUUUCUCUGUUAUUAACAGACGGCAUCACUGUCGGAAAUGUGGCAUUGUAGUAUGUAACCCAUGCUCCAGCAGUAAGCUUCUUCUCCCACAGCAAUCAUCAAAACCUCAGAGGGUGUGCAACAAUUGUUACCGAGCAUGUGCAAAUAAUAGUUCAGCUGCUACUACACCUACUGACAUUUAUUGCCCAACAAAUGAUGACGGAGAUUCAUCUGCUGACGACUCAUCAGAUGAUGACAAUGAUGAUGAAGAUGAGAAAAACACUUUCUUGGACAGUGCUAUCAAUGCAAAUUACCAUGAUCAACAGGUACAGUUUUAUGAACAGGAAGCAAUGUAAAUGGCACCAGCAUAUUCAUUGACUGAUAUGCAACAAUAACAAUAAAGUGUAACAGUUUGCUAUUUUAUAAACCAGAACCCAACAACCGAAUUUGUACAUUUUACUUAUGUGACAUCAACUUUAUCAAUCAAUUGGAAAGGGAGAUUCUUUAAGAAAAAAAAACUUUUUAAAAAUGGAAUAAAAAUGAAAAAAACAAACAAAAAUGGUAACAGCAGAGAUGAUCUUUAUAUUGUUAUUCUUAAAGCCCCUGUCUACACUGUCAAACAUUUCUUUGUAUACUCUUCACAAAUGAGCCAAUGAGGAAACCACCAUUACACAGUCACUAGCUCUGCUAGAAAUAGCAGCUAAACUCCUUCCUCAAAUCAUACCCUAGUUUUUCAAAAAGGAAGACAUUGGAUAAUAUAGUCCUAGAUAGACUGUAUCUGAAGAAAGACUGAAUGGUCAAGACCAGAAUCAUAGGUCUGCAUGAUGAAAGCUGACCUGGGGCUAAGUAACAACUUUUCACUAUUCUUCAGCACUAAUACACAGGAUCUAUUAAAAUCUAUUCUAUCUUCCCCAUCACUUGUAAACAUCUGCUCUAUUUGAAUUAAUGCUUUCAGUUAACAUAAAAAAAUUUGAAACAUAACUUUAUUCAUUGAAAAAGAUGUUUUGUUUUUUUUAAAAGAAUAAAUCUUGAAAUUUAAA